AUGGUGCACGAUUUAGUAGGUGAUGUCAAUGUCUCUAUAGAAGACAAUGGGCUCCGUGUGCAGGUCACGCUAACAAACGAAGAAAUUCUCAUACGGUGUCCAAACGAGAGCACAAUGCUGAGAGUUUUGCCAUCAGGGGUAGCUGUAAACGUUGAGCAGCUAAAUAGACUUCAGAUAGACCGCGGUGGUGGAAAAUUGUCUCUUGGAGGCAAUGUGCUUGCAGCUGAUGUCGUCAAUGUGACGGCAUUAAGUACAGAUUUGAAUCUGGAGAACACAGGACGAGUUACAGCUCAUGCUAUGAAUUCUCAUAUAGCAGUACAAACGCCUGUACAGAACGUAGGGAUGACUUCAGCGCAUCAUGUUCUUCGUGUAGAAGGUGGAGCUCCUAAGAUCGUUGUCAACACGGGACGAUCAUGUAUUGAAGUGACAGCGAGUCAUGGCUUACCGAAGAUAGAAGGACUAAUGCAUCGGUUUGUCACUCCAGAGGACACCUUCAAAUACAUAGGACCUGAUCAUGCCCCUCCUCGACCAACUCUUCCACCUGACAUUACCGCGUCUUCAUUCCCGAUUCCUGUCGCCCUAGGUGGACCUCCUGUCUUCUUCAACGUUAGCGAUCGUUGUGUGAUUUGCUCGAAUCGGACCACAGCCUUAUCAACAACGAGACUACCAACUAGCUUGACUCCUACAUUCCCUCCGAAGACUUCCACCACCACAACUUCCACAAUUUCUCCUGGUCAAACCUUCCCCACUUUGAUUUCGCUACCAAGUGAAGGUGGUGCGCAGCCUCCGGGCUCUACUGUGGCACCUUCCUCUGAAGUUCCUGGGUCUUCUGCGUUACCAUCCGGCGCUCAAGGAACUACGACGGCCUCUCCUGAAGGGUCUACAGCAGGUCCUGCCACGACUCCAGCGAUCGGAGAAGAGGCCACCACAGCAACACCACGACCAAGUGUGACUUCUGACCAGUUCGUUAUAGGACAGUUUGAGGACUACUUGGGUGAAGAAUACACUGGAGCGACAACGAUAGAAGAAGCAACGGUGGGAUCAUCCGCUUCACCAUCACCAUCUCCGACACCGGUCACGACACCAGCGCCAGCACCUGCCACGACCACAGCGCCACCACCUGCCACGACGCCAGCUCCUACCCCUAUCACGACACCAGCGGUGGAGGCUUUCUCCACGGUGGCACCUUCUACAGCAGCACCUACAGAAAGUUUUCCAACUCCCAUAGUACUGCCUCCCGGCACGGCAACAGUCGAAUUAGCAGGCGGAGCUGAAGGAACUACUCCUUCGGCACCUACUACUGAAGAAGCUCCGGUAGCAAGUACCAUCACCGGUGGUGGAGGAGGGUCAUGGGAAACAGAAACUUUAUUCCCGACUCCUUCCACAGCAGCGCCAAGGAAACCAUCUGUGUUAGUGCUAAAAAUGAAAAUUCCUUCAUCUCUGGAUCUGCAGUCGUUUGAUCUGGCCAGCAAUCUCACCGCUGCCCUCAACGAAGUUGUCAAAGACUCUGUCAAGCGAGUUAGAAGGUCCAAGAGAUCAUUAUCAGAGCAGGAUCAGAGUUACUUCGUUCAGGUCCACAAGAUCGAACGAAACGGAAACGCUGUGCGUGUUUUGUUCUCCGUAAACGAAACUGAAGUAGACUCCUCUAUGGUCGAAAAGGAUCUCUCGUCUUUGGAUCGUAAUUAUCUAAUGCGCUUUUUUAGUUUUCCUGUAAGAGAUGUUAAAAUCACCAGAGCAAGAUAUCAACCGGCUUUUUAG